AUGUCUCUCACGAAUUGUCGGUUUUACGAGGAGAAGUACCCGGAGGUGGAGAGCUUUGUCAUGGUCAAUGUUAAGCAGAUCGCCGAGAUGGGAGCAUACGUGAAGCUCCUGGAGUACGACAACAUCGACGGCAUGAUUCUUCUCUCCGAACUGUCCAGACGUCGUAUCAGAAGUAUCCAGAAGCUCAUUCGCGUUGGGCGCAAUGAAGUCGUGGUCGUCCUCAGGGUUGACAAGGACAAGGGCUACAUUGAUCUGAGCAAGCGCCGAGUGUCGCCAGAGGAUAUUGUCAAGUGCGAGGAGCGGUACAAUAAGUCCAAGAUGGUGCAUUCAAUCAUGCGCCACGUCGCUGAGAAGACCAACACCCCCAUCGAAGAACUCUACCAACACAUCGGAUGGCCGUUGAACAAGAAAUACGGGCACAGCAUCGACGCCUUCAAGCUAUCCAUCACGAAUCCUGACGUCUGGAAUGACGUAACCUUCCCUAACGAUGUUGUCAAGGAGGAGCUCCUCUCAUAUAUCGGCAAGAGGUUAACGCCGCAACCGACGAAAGUGCGCGCAGACAUCGAGGUCACCUGCUUUGGAUAUGAGGGUAUCGAUGCCGUGAAGACAGCGCUGCGCCGCGCAGAGGCAAAGAACACGCCCGACAACCACGUAAAGGUCCGACUUGUGUCGCCUCCUCUAUACGUGCUCACGUCGCAAUGUCUCGACAAGAACCACGGUAUUUCCACACUCGAACAAGCCAUCAAGGAUAUCGAAUCCAGCAUUUCUGAGGCCGGCGGUAGCUGCGUCGUGAAGAUGGCGCCCAAAGCGGUCACGGAGAAUGACGACGCAGAGCUGGCCGCACUCAUGGAGAAGAGAGAGCGCGAGAACCAGGAGGUCAGCGGUGACGAAGACGAGAGCUCAAGUGACGAAGGCGGUGUGGUUGAGGCCGACUCCUAG